AACGUAGUUCGCCUCCUCGUGGUGCAACCUGGGUAAUGCCAAAUGGACUACUAACUCUUCGUUUGUCAAAUCAGAAGUUUACCUACGUGCACUCUACCAUGCGUUGUUUGUUGCAAUAGAGCUUACCUGCAGUAAAUUUACCUAUACUUUGGGAUUACCUAAUGGCAGUACAAAAUAAAAUGUAGGAGAUGUUAAGGAUAUUAUUCAGUUAAAGCUGCUGAUGAACGAGAACAAGGGAACGAACGGAAAAGAGAUGUUUAUCUUUCAUCCAGUGGCGGUCCUUUACGGGCUGUAAUGUUGUCCGCCUCUUCGUGGUGCAGCCUAGGUAACGCUAAAUGGACUUCAACCAAACCCCAAAUCCAAGGUGUGACGCGAACAACCGUGCCGACGGAUGGAUGGCCAGGGGGGUUUCAUUAAAUACCUUGUCUCUAACGGAGCCUGUGGGGCACCGGGGCGCACCCCACAGUAAAUCUUGCCCUUACUGCGCUACGGCAGGGCACUGGCGUGGCGGACCGUAUACUUCCCUAGCGACUCGUGGGAUCUAUUAUGAGCUCAAAUACAGAAACAAACAAAACCAACCAACAGGGUUCUGAUGCACCCAAAGCAUCAACAACAGAAACAACAACAACAACAACAACACAGGACAAAGUAACCGAAGUAACAACAGCAGCAGCCGCAACUGAGACAAGUGCCACUAAAUCUGACACUAAAGAUGAAGCCGCAACGACAAAGGAAAAACUCUCAAUUCAUGCCAGGAAACGCCGUAAGUGGUUGCUAGAUAUCGGAUACGAUUUUGAGGAAGCAACCGAGCUGGCUAAGAAGCACGACUUCGAGACAUUGCGAAAAAUGGUCAUUCAAGCAACGGAUGGGAAACCUGCGGAAAAUACAGCGGCGAAUAAAACGAAGAAAGUUCGUCCAGCUCCUAUGGUUAUCACCCAUAAAGAUUAUCCAGUGAAGAUGCUUGAAAAAGAGCAGGUUGAAAAAUUGAAAGGUGAAAUUUUAAAAAAGGUUCUGGAACACAAAGAUACGGAUGAGAUGAAACCCGGAUUUGAAAAGUGUGAAUUUAAAACAGGAUACUUGCGGAUCCUUCCAUCUGAUCAGGAAACUCUCGAUUGGUUGGAUAAAACAAUUCAACAAUUGGAAGUAUCUGAAGCGGCAGAGUUAAAAUUUGUACCGGAAAAAGAGAUAACGAGCAUUGAAGUCUUUGUUGGUGAGUUUCCCGACAGCAAGGAUGACAGCUCUGAGGCCAUUUUGGGAUUUAUCGAAUCGCAAAAUGAUGGUCUGAAAACGAGCUCAUGGAUUGUUAUUGAUCGGAAAGAGGUUAACGACACUGUAUGCUUGAGUUUUACCGUAGACUCAGAUUCAAAGACGGGUUUAGAGAGCCGAGAAAAUAAGCUUAAAUUUAAGUUCGGUCAAGUGAAUCUGUCUUCAAAAGAUAAACCGAAAUCAAGCGCAAAGCCCGAUCCAAAAGUCGCUGUUCCUUCUAAAAAAUCUUCGAUACCUCCGAAAAAAACUCCGGUUCCACCUAAAAAAACCAAUUUGGCGAAAUCAUUACCAAACCAGAAACCGCCAGUGGCAAACAUCUGGACCAGUAACGCACCGAAAUUCGGUCAGAAUAAGCUAGCAGCGCAAACAAAACCAGUGAAUCGAGGAAACAUAACCCGCGUACAGAAUGUUCAACCAAGCGCUCCGACUCGGUCAUCUGAGCCAAGCAAACUAAAUGUUGCUCGAAAUGACGGUACAAGGUUCAAUCGACCCAAUAAUCCUGAGAUUAGGCAGCAAAGCGGAAAUCGUAAUGUUCCAGUGCGAGAUUCUCAUUCAAAUCGGAACAUCGAUCAGCAAAACGAUGGAAACCGUCGUAAUGCUCCUAAUAACUUUAGUUCAACACCUUUCAAUAGUGGUAACAAUUAUCCCAGCCGCGAUCAAUUGCAAAAUGACCCCAAUCAACCAUGGGCAAACAAUGCGGAUUUCAAUAAUCGCAACUUGUCACGAAAUGAAGAAAUUGCUCGUUUCCUUCAGAAUCAGAAUAACAGUGGGCAGAAUGUGUUUAAUUCUCAUCCAGUAUCAAGAAACAUUGAUUCAUUUAAUGAACCUUUCAAUUCUAAUAGAGGCAACCGCAUGAGUUCGAUGAGAACAGAUGAUAAUUUUAUCAAUCCUGGUAGAUCUCAGCAGGAUUCCUUUGAUAACCGGUCGAAUCUACGCAGAAGUGAUGAUCAGUUUGUCGGAAACAAUUCCAAUAUUUUCGAAAGAAGAUCCAACAAUGACAAUUUCGGAGAAUCUAAUCGAAAUCAGGUUGAUCUCAGGUCAAAUUCGCUAUGGAAGGACACCAAUUUUAGAAACACCAGUGGUCAACAAAUGUCUAAUGACGAUGGAAUACCAAGAAAUUCCAGAUUCCAAGAUAAUAUGGACAAUCCAUUUAACCGAGAUAAUUUCGACAACAGGAAUUCCGACUUUAGGAGGAAUAAUGAUUAUUCUGAUCAGUUUGACCGUUCUAAUAGAAAUCAAUCGAACAAUGCUAUGGAAAGAAGAGGUAUCGGAGGGUUUACCGAUUCUGGAGCUAACAUGAACGAUUCUAAGUUUGGAAAUUCAUUCCAAAAUCAGUACAACAGUGAGUCUAACAGGCCGAGGGGCGAAAUUGAUUUUGAUUCGAACAGAGCAAGAGGCGAUCCCGAUUCUGGUAGAUCUCGAUACGAUCCGUUCGAAAAUUUGGAUUCAAAUCGUGAACAGUUUAACAACCGCCCGAGCAGCAGCUCUCAGCAAAAUUCUGGUUCGCUCAAUUUGGCAGAUAAUUUUUUCAAGCAGCUGCAUCGCAUAAACGAACAAAAAAGAGAUACAAACGAUCGCCUGGAAAAUAGUUUCGGCGGAAGAAGUAAUUGGAAUACUGAUUUCAACCGAUCAACAGCAACUGCUUUUGGUGGAUCUGGAAAUCGCGGGUUGGAUGCCGGUGGCGACAGUGGUUCGAAUAAUCGAUUUAGUGGCGAUGGCGGUAGAUCGAAUAAUCGAUCAAGUGGCGAUGGCGGAAGACCAACCAGUCGUUUCAGUGGCCCGGGAGAUGUUGCAUUGAAUAACCGAUUCAGUGGCGCAGGCGACGGUGGAUCCAACAACCGGUUCAGUGGAGCAGGAGAUGCUCCAUCGAUCAACCGAUUCGGUGGUGGAGGAGAUGGUGGUUCGAAUAAUCGAUUCACUAACGCAGGCGAUGGAUCGAAUAACAAUCGAUUUGGUGGCGAAACUGGCAGAUCAAAUGAUCGAUUCAACAGUGCAGGAGGUAGUGGAUCGAAUAAUCGAUUUAGUGGCACAGGAAAUGCUGCAUCGAUCAACCGAUUUGGUGGUGGAGGAGAUGGUGGUUUGAAUAAUCGGUUCACUAACGCAGGCGACGGAUCGAAUAAUCGGUUUGGCGGUGAAACUGGUAGAUCUAAUAGCCGAUUCAGUGGUGGAGGAGAUAGCGGAUCCAACAAUCGAUUUGGUGGCGGAGGAGAUGGUGCAUCAAACAAUCGAUUUGGUAACUCAGGAGGUGGCUCUAACAGCCGCAAUGCUGGUGGUCAAUCCAAUAAGCGCGCUGCUGGUGGUAACAUGAUAAGCUAUCCCAUCGGUCUCGGUCAAGCUGGUAAUGUCGCGAAAAAAUUCAAAAACUGGACGUAAACUCAUUGGCAUUCAGUAUUUUAUUGUCGUAUUCUUCAGUGAAUGUAAUAAAAGUGUCCUGGUUCUAGAAA